AUGGACGAAUUGGCUAGAUGUAGACCUGCAUCUAUCAACAGUCGGUCGCCAACAGAUGAAUCACCAAAAUCCAACCAUGACAGUGUUGGUAAAUUUAAGAUUAUUUCAUUCGUAAACGACAAGUCUAGUAAUGAUGUUGGUGGGUCCACAUCGCGAAAAAUUGUUGUUUCUUCGCCAGUGUCACUUCAGUCCCUUAUUGACUCUAGGAAAAAUGCUUCUUCGUCCGAAACAUUCACUACUAGCUUUUUAAAAAUAUGCCCUCGUGAUGAAAUAACGCUAAAUACUGUCCAGGGCGAAAACGACCUUAUCGAUAUUAUAGCUUUGAAAAAUGAGGGCAAUAAGAGUGUAAUGUAUGAAAUACUAGUUUCUUCAUCAGAAAAAUUUCGUGCACGACCAAAUACGGGUACAAUAGCUGCUGGGGCUACGGAUCUUAUCCACAUUCAUCUUCUUAGCGAAUACAAACACACCAUUGAUCAGGAUAACAUCGCAAUAGUGGCCGUCGAAGUUGGAACUCCAACCAACUCAAACUUUGAAACAGUAUUCAAAAAAGCUGAUGAAAAGGCAACGGUGGCUUACAGAUUGGGAUGCCAUUUAGCAGGGAAUGUAAAAAAUCCAUCCACCCAUCAAACCAGCGAUUCCAGCGAUAAGCUUGAAUUUACAAUAAACCAAUUGGCCUUGUGUUCACAAAAACAACCUUACAACAAGUCGGCAGCAGACGAAAUGCGGCCAAAUCUUGACGGUUUUAUCAAACAAAAGCCUCUUGCUGAUUCUAGGAAAAAUGCUUCUUCAUCAGAAACAAUUACUAAUAAAUUUCUUAAAAUAUGUCCUCGUGAUGAAAUCACCUUAAACACUAUUAGGGGUGAAAGUGAUCCGGUUGAUAUCAUAGCUUUGAAAAACGAGAGCACAAAAUAUGUGUUUUACAAAAUCAAAAUCACGUCACCGGAAAAGUUUCGCGUUCGACCAAGUACAGGCAUAGUGGCCGCUGGUGAUACAGAUCUCGUUCGUGUCUACGUGCAGAAAGAAUAUAAGAAUUCGGUUAACCAGGACAGAUUCCUUAUUAUGGCCGUCGAAGCGGAAACGCGCGAGAGUUCAAACUUUGCAUCCUUAUGGAAAAAUGCUGAUGAGGGUUCAAAAGUAGAACACAAACUGCGAUGUCGCUUUGCGGGAAGCACAGAAAAUAAUUCAGCUUUGCAAUCAGCUCCCGAUGUAGAUGACAGUUUGCGCCAACAAAUUGCACAGAUCUCAAAAUCACAAUGGUAUUUAACCAUAAUAAUUGUUAUAUUGGUCGGCUUACACCUUGUCUCCCUGUUCUUUACCUGGAAAAUUUAUUACUCUGUCUCGUCAUCACAGGAGUUAUUACACCUCAAAGAUACAGAGACCAGAAAUAUCGAGCCUAUAGAUGUUGAUUCAGAAUUAUGA